ACUAUGUAUGUAAAGGGUACCGGAGAAAAAAAAAAAGAAUUUGGGUUAGGAGAUAAGGAGAAAGAAGAAGAAGAGUGAGGGGGAACUUCAUCAAUGGCUUCCUUAUCCACUUCCGUUGUAGCUUCGGCUUCGUGGCGUUUAUGGAAUCCUUCUUCCAAUGGCAAAAUCAGCGUUCCUUCAGCUUCGAUCUCUCUGCGUAAUGGUUCAGUGAGACGGAAUCAGUGUGCUCUUAGCUCUUCCGCUUCUUCGCAGCUUCUCCACUGCUCGUUUCUCUCUUCACCUCUCUCCCUAGCGUCGCCAUUCUCUGGUUUGUCCAUCGCGUUUGAUCUCAGCGGUCAAAAUGGUGGACUGAAUGGCCAGAGACGCAGAGGCCUUGUGGUGAGAGCUGGAAAAGCUGCUCUGUGUCCAACAAAGAGAAGCAGAUCAAGAAAAUCUCUGGCUAGGACUCAUGGUUUCCGUAGGAGGAUGAGGACCACUAGUGGUAGAGCGACCAUUAAGCGCCGACGUGCCAAGGGACGUUGGAACCUCUGUCCCAAGUCCAACCCUAGCAGUGGCAAACGGGCUUGAGUGUUCGUUCUUUCUCUUCUCACUCUAUCUGUAAUCUUGUUUGAUAUGCUUUUUUACUUGUUUUUAUUAUUUUGCCAGAAGAUACAAUGAGAAACAUGAUUUGAUGAUUCUCUUAGCUCUUUUCUUCGUUUAGCUCUCGUUAUGUAUUCUUGAUUUUGUUAUUAAGUCAAUGUUCAUGGAAUCUAUCUCA